AUGGGAAGAAACCUCAACUACAAGCUCACCGUGCCCGAUCGCAACCUGCAUUCCGAGGCACCAGUACCACUCUCGGGGCCAACUGCGUCAUACGUCCUUCUGCAGCCACCCCUGGUCAGGCCAACCGAUCUGGCCCCUGAGGUGCUGUGCUUCGCCGUGUCCGCUUACCUGCAGCCGGUCCAGUCUUUUGCCUGGUGCUGGCUCGUCAUGUCUCCCGCCACACAGCCUGCACGGUGA